AAAGAAAACAAUAAUUCAAAAAAAUCUUAACCACAAGACCUCAAUAAUUGCACCCUCAACGCGAAGCAUUAUCUCUUCCAUUAUUGCUUCUCUGUAAAAAUCUCUCCAACCCCAUCGACCAUGGCGGCCUCCUCCUCUUCCUCCUUGCAGUCCCCGCCGCACAACCAAGUCUUCCUCAAUUUUCGAGGGGAACUGCGGAAGACUUUCGUCAGCCAUCUGGACGAGGCAUUGAAAAGAGAUGGAAUCAAUGUCUUCAUCGACGAAAACGUUAAUAAAGGUGAAUCACCACCUUAUGUGAUGAUAUCGCCACCCUCUUUGACAGAAUCGAGGAGUCAAAGAUCGCGCUCGCUAUCUUCUCAACCCAUUAUACCCAGUCACAUUGGUGCUUGGACGAGCUGGUCAAGAUCAUAGAGUGCGUUGGCUUAGGCAAACUUGUGGUCAUCCCGAUCUUUUACCAGGUAGACGUGGACGAUGUGAAAAAACUCAGGGGAGUGUUCGGUGACAAGUUUUUUGAAUUGGAAGAGAAUUAUAAAGGUCAAAUGACGGAUAAGUGGAGAGAAGCUUUAAGAGUCGUUACACACAAGGUCGGCUUCGUUUUAAAUGAAACCAGGAAAGAAAGUGAAUCUAUCAUUGAGAUUGUAAAAGAAGUGAUCAAAACGCUAUCAGUAAAUGAAGAAACAGCUAAAUCUGCUUCAUACUCGGCUCUUCCUCCCUUUGGCAUAGAUACACGUCUUAAGCAAUUGGAAGAGACGUUAGAUUCUUACACCGACCAUACUCUUAAGCUUGGUAUCGUCGGAAUGCCGGGUAUUGGUAAGACCACCUUGACAAAAAUGCUGUAUGAAAAGCGUGAAGGCAAGUUUGUGCGCCACGCUUUUCUUGUAGAUGUGCGUGAUUUGAGUAGAAGCGGCAAGAUGAAUGAGAGCUAUCUCGCGAAGGAGUUGUUGAGGAAGAAAGGUGUGAGUCAAGAAGUCGAUUACAUCCCAUCGUCACCUAAGUCCUUAAACACACACCUAGUCCACAACAAGUCACUUGUUGUUCUUGAUAACGUAACCGACAAGAAACAGAUAAAGAAUCUUCUUAACAAUGGCGACUGGAUUAAGGAAGGUAGCUUAAUCAUUAUCACGACAAGUGAUAGGUCGGUGAUCGAAGGGGAGGUUGAUGAAAUAUAUGAAGUUCUUAGAUUAAGUGGCAGAGACAGCUUGCAGUGCUUCAGCUACUAUGCCUUUGGUUGCAAUCCAGUGGGAAAUUUCAUGAAGCUUUGCAGAGAAUUUUCGGAUUAUGCCAAAGGCAACCCAUUAGCUCUCAAGAUAUUGGGUGGAGAGCUUAAUGGAAAAGGCAACCGUCACUGGGAAGAUACACUUCGCAAGCUGGAGAAAAAUCCCAAUAAGACGAUACAGGGUGUCUUGAAGAUAAGCUAUGAUGACCUAAGUCUGGAUCAAAAAGAUGUGUUUCUUGAUGUUGCGUGUUUCUUUAGAUCAGGGGAUAAGUACUACGUGAGGUGUUUGGUGGAGUCUGAUCUGAAGAAUCUUGCCAGUAAAUUUUUGAUUAACAUUUCUGGUGGACGCGUGGAAAUGCACGAUUUGCUGUAUACAUUUGGCAAGGAACUUGCUUCUCAAGAAUCGCGUAGGCUGCUGAACCAUAAAGCCUUUGUUGAUGCUCUGAAGGAAAAAACGGGAGACGAAAGUGUGAGGGGAAUUUUUCUUGACAUGUCUGAAAUGGAGAAGCAACUUCCUUUGGACAUGUGUACCUUCAGUAAGAUGCGUAAUCUUAGAUAUCUGAAAAUCUAUAGUUCUCACUGUCAUCGGGAAUGCAAAGCUGACUGCAAACUUAAUUUCCCUGAUGGACUUGAGCUUUCAUUAGAUGAGAUACGGUAUCUCUACUGGCUGAAAUUUUCUUUCAAGAACCUUCCAGAAGACUUCAACCCCAAGAAUCUUAUCGACCUUAACCUACCUUACAGCAAGAUUGAAGAGGUUUGGGAUGGUGUUAAGGAAACACCGAAGCUUAAGUGGGUUGAUCUUAGCUACUCAAGAAGGUUAUGCAGUCUUUCAGGGUUACAAAAUGCCGAAAGACUCGAAAAGUUGAAUCUUGAAGGUUGCACGAGUUUGCAGGAGUUUCCCAAGGAGAUGAAACGUAUGAAGCGUCUUGCUUUCCUCAACAUGAGAGGAUGCACGAGCCUCAGGGUUCUCCCAAAUAUCAAUCUGAUCUCUCUGAAAACUCUUAUCCUCACCAACUGCUCAAGUCUUGAGGAAUUCCAGGUGAUUUCGGAUAAUCUUGAAACUCUAAACUUAGAUGGAACAGCCAUUAGCCAACUUCCUGAAGACAUGGUGAGGCUCCAGAGAUUGAUUGUCUUGAACUUGAAAGACUGCACAAAGUUGGUGGCAGUUCCAGAAUGCCUAGGGAAGCUAAAAUCUCUGCAAGAACUGGUGCUAUCUGGUUGUUCAAAGCUCAAGACGUUUCCAAUCAUGAAAUGCUUGCAGAGAUUGUUGCUCGACGGGACAUCAAUUACAGACAUGACAAAGAUAUUGCAGUUGAAUAAGUCACAAGUGGAAGACGUACGUGAAUUAAGACGUGGUACGAACCGCAUAUCCUCAUUGCAGCGUCUAUGCUUAAGCAGGAAUGAUGUGAUCACCGACCUGCCUAUCGACAUCAGUCUACUAUGUCAUCUGAAAUUGCUUGACCUGAAGUACUGCAAGAAUCUCACUUCCAUUCCACUGCUUCCGCCAAAUCUAGAGCUCUUAGAUGCACAUGGCUGUGGCAAACUGAAGACAGUCGCAACGCCGGUGGGCAUUCUUAAACAUGUGGAGAAAGUUCACUCUAAAUUCAUUUUCACCAACUGCAACAGUCUUGAACAAUCUGCAAAGAAUAGCAUCACAACGUAUGCUCAAAGGAAAAGCCAGUUAGAUGCGCUUAGAUGCUAUAAAGAGGGGCAUGCUUCAGAACCUUUAUUCAUUACUUCCUUUCCAGGGAGUGAAGUGCCUUCAUGGUUUGACCAUCGCAUGAUUGGUUCAACGUUAAAGCUGAAGUUGCCACCACAUUGGUGUGACAACAGACUUUCAACAAUAGUUCUAUGCGCUGUUGUUGCAUUCCCUCACGUUCAAAGCAACAGUUUCUCAAUAGAAUGCACCUGUGAGUUCACAAACGAACUUGGAACACGUACACGUUUCAGCUGCAUUCUUGGUGGAGGUUGGAUCGAACCGCGCAAGGUUGACUCGGACCAUGUGUUUAUCGGUUACACCAAUUUCUCCCAUAUAACAACAAAUCAUGUAGAAGGUUCGCAACGACAUCAGAAAUGUGUUCCUACGGAGGCGACAAUCAAAUUUCAGGUGAUAGAUGGAGAAGGCGAGAUAGUGAAUUGUGGUUUAAGCUUGGAGUACGAGGAACCAACACAGCUAAAGUUGGAGAAAGAUAACAUUUCAUCAGAAUUAUCAAGAUGCUUGAAGAAUCUUCAAACUACUAAGGAAGCGUUGGAAGAAAAAGAGCAGGCUCAUAUCAGAGAAGGUCUCCAAAGCUUGGCAGAAACUCAGCUGAAAUGUGUGACUGUGUCAUACAAAUCGCUAGAACUCAGUGCCAAGGAUCUAGAAGCUAAACUGAAAAGCUUGGAAGAAGAGAAUGAGACUGAAAAUGUUUGUAUAGUUUGUUGA